CGAAAGAGCGAGAGAGAGAGAGAGAGAGAGAGAGAGAGAGAGAGAGAGAGAGAGAGAGAGAGAGAGAGAGAGGACAACUUCUAAAAGAUAAAGAGAAGGGUAACAUGGAGCUGUGGCGUCAGUGCGGGGCGUGGCUGAUCGCGUGUCGGGUGCUGCCGGAGAGCCACCGGGUGACCUGGGAGGGGGCGCAGGUGUGUGACCUUGUGCUGGCACUGAGAGACGGAGUGCUGCUCUGUCAGCUGCUCAACAACCUGCAGCCCCACGCCAUCAACCUCAGACACAUCAACCUCAGACCACAGAUGUCCCAGUUCCUGUGUCUGAAGAACAUCCGGGCGUUCCUGGGUGUGUGUCAGGAAAGGUUCCACAUGCGGAGGAAUGAGCUGUUUGAGGCUUUCGACCUGUUCGACGUCCGAGACUUCGGAAAGGUCAUAGACACGUUGUCUAUUUUAUCCCACUCCCCCGUCGCCACACAAAGAGGAUUCCAACCAUUCCCUUUGGAGGGCUGUGUAGCUGAUGAUGACAUCUACAGUGGACUCUCAGACCAGAUGGACGACACUGUGGAGGAGGAUGAUGACCUGUACGACUGUGUGGAGGGUGAGGAGGAUGAAGGGGAUGAGAUCUACGAAGACCUGAUGAGGGACGAACUACCUGCUGAGACGCACCAGAAGCAGGGCGUAGACAAGAGAGAAUGCUGCCUUCAGGAGAUCACCCAGACUGAAGAGAAAUACACCCACACUCUGGAGUCCAUCAUACAGCACUUUAUGAAACCCCUACAGAAGUUCCUCCAGCCCCAGGACAUAGAAAGCAUCUUCAUCAACACACAAGACCUGGUUGCUACUCAUCGUGGUCUCCUGCAGGAGAUCAGGUCUUCUAUAUCCUGCUCCAGAGCUGACACUCUCUACCAGGUCUUCAUCAGCUACAAAGAGAGGUUACUGCUGUAUGGGCGGUACUGCAGCCAGGUGGAGACAGCAAGCAAACACCUGGACAAGAUGGCCUCCAGAGAAGACAUCAGGAUGAAACUGGAGGAGUGCUCUAAGAGGGCCAACAGUGGGAGGUUCUCCCUCAGGGAUCUCCUCAUGGUUCCCAUGCAGCGAGUCCUGAAGUACCCCCUCCUGCUGCAGGAACUUCUGAAACACACUACGGACACGACAGAAAAGGAGAACCUGAGGACAGCACUGGACGCCAUGAGGGAUUUGGCCCAGUGUGUGAACGAGGUGAAGAGAGACAACGAGAUCAUCAGACAGAUCACCACCUUCCAGCUCUCUAUAGAAAACAUGACCCAGUCUCUGGCUCUGUACGGUCGACCCAAGAUAGAUGGAGAGCUGAAGAUCUGCUGCCCAGAGAAGAAAUCCAAACAGGACAGGUACGUGUUCCUGUUUGACAAGGCCAUGCUGGUGUGUAAGAGGAGGAGUGGGGACACCAUGGAUCUGAAGGAGCUGGUGGAGCUGCAGCUGUACCAGAUCAGAGACCAGCCAGGGACUGACAGAGACAGCAAGAAGUGGUCUCAUGAGUUCCUCCUGUUGGAUGGGGCUGGGCUGGGCUACGAUCUGUUCUUCAAGACCAGAGACCUGAAGAAGAAGUGGCUGGAACAGUUUGAGAUGGCUAUGUCAAACAUGUGCCCAGAGAACUGUACAGCCAACAGCCAUGACUUCCUAAUGCACUGCUUUGAAGACACCACUUCCUGUAAGGCCUGUGGAAUGCUGCUCAGGGGGAUCUUCUUCCAGGGCUACCGCUGUGCUCGCUGUAAGAUGGCCGCCCAUAAGGAGUGUCUGGGAAGAGUUCCAGCAUGCGGACGCCCCACAGAUCAUACUGGCACUAUGAAGAAGAAGAACCAGAAGGGCCUCAGACCUGGUCCAGGUCUUCCUAAAAUGGAGGUGUGUCAGGAGUACUAUGGCUUGCCCCCGCCUCCUGUGGCUUUCGGCCAACCACUGCCUCUCUCCAUUGGUGAUGUCAUAGAGCUGACCCGCGCUGAAGUGGACCUGCAGUGGUGGGAGGGAAGGAACGUGACAAUUGGUCAGGUGGGCUGGUUCCCCUGCAACAAAGUCCAGCCAUUUGUAGCUAAAUCCACUCCUGACCUGACUAGCUUCAUGUGGUAUGCAGGAAGUAUGGAGCGCUCUGCAGCCAAGUCUCUUCUGAUGUCACGGUCUGAUGGAACCUUCCUGGUCCGACAAAAGGAGGGGGGAGAGUUUGCCAUCAGCAUCAAGUUCAACAUGGACAUCAGACACAUCCGCAUCACUUCCUGUGAAGGUCUCUAUCGCAUCAAUGACAAGAAGGCCUUCAAAGGGUUGAUAGACCUUGUCCAGUUCUACCAGGGGAACUCUCUGAAGGAGUACUUCAAGGACGUAGACACGACACUGGAGAUGCCCUACAAGCAGCCAGACGAGCUGCCAGACGAGCUGCCAGCUGCCUCCACACCCCCACAAGGGGGCGGGGGGAGGUACCAGGGCAUUGCCAGGGCGAGGUAUGACUUCUCAGCCAGGGACAGGACAGAGCUGUCACUCAGGGAGGGAGACACCAUCAAGAUCCUGUCCAGGAGAAACCCCAGCUGGUGGAAGGGAGAAGUGUAUGGACGGGUGGGUCUGUUCCCUGCUAACUACGUAGAAGAGGACUACUCUGAAUACUGCUGACUGACCACACUAUACACACACACACACAUAACCUGAGCCCUGUGGACACCCUCACCUGUCAUUGGCGGAGGUGUUUGUGAAUCUGCCUGAUUUCUGUUGUCUCGUCAGAACUUUUUGAAUUAAAUCAUUUUUUAACCAACA